AUGUUUGUGCUUUCCGAAAUGACAGACACUGUGCGGAUCAAACCGUGGCAGUUUCACCUGAAACUUAACGAUGCUAUUGCAGAAGAGCUGAAUAAAAAACUAGCAAAUAAGGUUGUUCACAAUGUUGGUUUGUGCAUAGCUUUACACGAUAUUACCAAACUAGAAGAUUCUUAUCUAUUUCCUGGGGAUGGAGCUUCACACACAAAAGUCUGUUUUCGUUAUAUUGUAUUCCGACCAUUCUUAGAUGAGAUAUUUAUUGGGAAAAUAAGAAGUUGUAGUAGAGAUGGUGUCCAUGUUUCACUUGGUUUCUUCGAUGAUAUCGUUAUUCCUCCAGAUGCUUUGCAGCAACCUUCCAAAUUUGAUGAAGCAGAACAAGUGUGGGUCUGGGAAUACGAAACCGACGAAGGUACGCAUGAUUUAUUUAUGGAUAUCAAUGAAAAAAUCCGUUUCCGAGUUGUUGACGAAACAUUCGUUGAUACCACACCCAUUGGUCCUAGAACUAUUGUAGAGGUAUCAGAGGUCACUGAGACAGACGUAAAAAGAUCUCCGUAUGUACUCACAGGGUCAAUUAGCGAACCAGGAUUGGGGCUUCUAUCAUGGUGGAACAGUUCAUGA